UCCAAAUUUUAACCAAUAAAACGAUAACACGUUGCCCAGUGUGCAAUCCGCGUUCAUCAACAUUGGGCCAAAGGUGGUGCGUGCGAACCGGUACAAUUCGAUGCAUUCGUGUUUUGAAUCGCGGGAAGUGCGCACAUGCUUUGCGGUCGUGCGUGUUUGCUGGCGCCAACUUUCGUGGCGUUCUCUGCUGGCGUGUUUUGAACAGAAGAAAUCACCAGUUGCAGAUAAAAUCCAGUACCCGUGAUCUACAACAACAAAAAAACUCAGUGAAAAAUACAUUUAAUUAAGCAACAACGGUCGGAAAAUGAGUGGACUGUUGGUGAAGAGAGUGAGCGCGUGUGUUCUCUGGGAAAGCCUUUAUAGCGUACCGAACGGCAACUGAAAGUUGGCAUCGUUCUCGCGAGCUCUCGACCCAGCGGCCGGUCCGACCUCGUGCUGCACUUUUGCCGCGUAUCGAAUGACAUGGGAGGAAUUUGGUGGCAUGUGCACGGUCUCAUAUUACGGUGGUCCGGUAUGAACACAAAGAACUGCCACUAUCACCUUCGCUACCGGUGUGGCUGCUGGUAAAGGACCACCAAGUCCUUGUCCCGGUCUUGGGCUUUGUCGGUGGAAAGUGAAACGUGAAGCAUUUCUUAUCAUUGCGAAGCGCGCGUAAGCCGUAGCCCAGGACUAGAAAUUUUAUCCGCGCCUGAGCGAGAACCGGCGUUACGAUGGCAACGGCAUCAUCAUCAUCGGCGAGUACGUCACCGCCACGGAUAAAGGUGAAGAAGGAGAUCUGUACCGAUAACGAUACGAUCAAGGAGCUAGCCGAAACGGCCAUGAAUGAUAUACUGGGCUGGUACGGGUACGAUAAUGUCGAUCGUCUCGAACUUGCAGCUAACAAUGCACCGACCAUCGCUGCAUCCACCGGCAUCGACGAGGAUGGCGCGGGAGUUCGCUUGAAACCGUCGGACAACGAACCAUCCAUCUCUUCCUGCUCGUCCACCAGCCUGGUCAAGACCAAAUCAUCGAAACAUCAUCAUCAGCCGCAUCAUCAUCACCAGCUGCAGCAAUCGUCCAUCGGUGGCCGCUUUCUUGCGCGACAGCAGGACGACCUGACGAUCAAUCCGGUCGCAUCAACAUCAUCGAACUCGGGUGAACGGCGAGGCCGAGAUAUCCAAACGCCCUCGACGGCUAACCGACCCAUCCUGUCGGGAUCUCCGCCAGCAACAGUGCCAGCGUCGUCGUCCACAGCGACACGGAACGGUAUCGUCUUACAUCAUCAGCAGCAGCAGCACCAUCAUCAUCAUGCUUCAGUUUCAGCCGGAGGCGGUGAAAGUUCCACCUCCGAGAAGGACAGCUCGCGGGAAAGCUCCAAGAGUCCGAUGCUGAUGAAAAUGCUGGACAAGCAAGAGCAGACCUGCCAGUGGUGCCGUAAGGUGAUACCGUCCCACCAGACCGGCAUCUUGGGCACUACCGAGGGUAUGAUAUUUUGCACCGAGGCCUGCUUCUCCCAGUCCCGGCGGGCGUCCUUCAAGCGAGCGAAAACGUGCGACUGGUGCCGGCACGUGCGUCACGCCGUCAGCUACGUGGACUUUCAGGAUGGUGCUUCCCAGCUGCAGUUCUGCUCGGACAAAUGUCUCAACCAGUACAAGAUGCAAAUAUUCUGCAACGAAACGCAGGCCCAUCUGGAGAUGAAUCCACAUCUAAAGGAGAAGAGUUCCUCCACGGGAAGUCUCAUAACGCCCGAACUGUGGAUGAAGAAUUGCAAAAGCUGCUCCAUAUCGCCGGUGUCCGAUCGGUCGGAAUCGGUGUCACCCGUUCCAUCGAUACCGGUUCGCUCGUCGCCGGAACCUUCCCCCAUUACGCUACGGUCUCCAACACCGGUCAAAAAACCGCUCAUAUCUGUAGCUCCACCAUCGAAACUGCUCUCCAAGUCAGCGCAUCAAAGCUCCAUGAGCCGUACGAAUCCAAAGAGUUCCCGUAAGCGUCGCGCUGGUCAUAGACCCGCGGUGGGAUCACAUGCAUCCGCCUCCAGCAAACGAUCCACAUCAGCAGCACAUCAGGCGGAAUUUGGCGGCAGUGCCAUCAACAGUAACAGCACUAGCAUAAACAACAACAAUCUGACCAUCCCGAACAAUAACCUGACCGGAAGUCCGCCAGCCGUCCUAACUGCUGGCCCACCAAAAUCUGCACCCAACGUGCAAGAUUUAAGAGUUUUGCAAAAGAAUCACAUGGGUAUGGCGUCCAGCGAAGGGCCACCGAUGGGAGGAUUCGAUGGGCGCGAUCUAUCCGCAUCAGCCGGUGGAGCUCUUGGGCCACCGCCACCUCCUCCUCCUCAGCCGCCACCGCUGAACAUCCCACCACAGUUCCUUCCACCGCCGUUGAAUCUCUUGCGAGCACCAUUUUUCCCCCUAAAUCCGGCUCAGCUACGUUUCGGCGGUGGCCUGGGUGGCUUACCGAACGGGCAACCCCCAACCCACGGUCCACCGAUGGGUCCACCACCGAGUCCGCUGCCCGGUGGACCCAUGGGUCCGGGCAAUCGACCCCCACCACCGGUUCCCAACCUGUUCGGGUUCGGUGCCGCUCCGCCCGUGACGAUUCUAGUCCCGUACCCGAUCAUCGUACCGUUACCGCUGCCCAUUCCGGUACCGAUUCCUGUGAUAGAUUUUUUGAAAGCAGCCCUACCGAAAGAGGAAGCAGGGAAGAGCGAAACGCGGUCCGAGCAGGAGAAGGUUACGCCGGAAGAUAAGCUGGGCGAUCCGGUGAUGACGGUUGAUAGUGAUGAAGCGAUGGUUGAUGAGAUUGCAGAGCCGUCGGUCGUGGAGGAUGAUUCGGAUGUGCCGCUGGACUUUACCGUUGGUGGAUCAGGAAAGCAAUCCGAUCGUGAUGUAGCUGCAACCGGUAGUAGAGUCGAUGCUUGGAGCGAAUCGGAACACACGGUUCUGGUGGAGUCUACACCAUCUAAGAGUGACGGUAUGACAACCUAUGCGCUCUCUACGAUCGUAUCGAACGGAUCGGAAACUGUCCCAGCGUUGGGAGAUGAUGAGCCACAAGACGAGUCGGUGCAGCGAGUGUUGCCGAAGUUUAAAAUAACUCGUUUGGAGGCAGGGAACCAAAAUCAGCAGGAAGCGAGUGAAGGAAAUGGAAGUGGCGGGGAACCACCGGCCGAGGAAACAGAUAUCGAACGCGAGCGUAAAGAGAUGGUCGAGCGUAGCCGUCCUUUGAGGAAACGAAAGCGGCUCGUUGUGCAGCAGCAUUUGCACACUAAACACGAGCUGCCGGAGCAGCUUUUGAAUGAGGGAAUGGCGGAUGAUCAAGAGUAUGGUACAGGGAUUGAGCUAAGGUCGGGUAGUAAAGGUCAGUGAAUGGAUUAGCCACACAGGGGGGGAGACACACACACACACUCAUGGUGCUGUAUGGUAUAGUUCGUUUUAAAUUGUAGUUGUCCGCUCCAGUCGUAGGAUUUAAAGGCCUCCGAUAGGCUUUUAGC